AUGUCCCAUCAGCCGUUGCUCCAGGAAAAACGCCCACUUCUUAACCAGUCCUCGACGAGGAAAUCAACGAAAGUGAAGCCAGUGUUGGUUAUACAUGGCGGAGCUGGGACAAUGACUCGGGAGGGCUCGACACCAGAGAGACGUGAGGAAUACAAGAAUGCUUUAAGAAAGGCAUUACGGAAGGGAUAUGAAGUGCUUAUGGCCGGCGGGGAGGCUAUGGAUGCUGCUGUUGCUGCUGUCAAUGUAAUGGAAGAUUGUCCUUUGUUCAAUUCCGGGAAGGGAGCAGUGUUUAAUGUUGCGGGGAAGAAUGAACUCGAGGCAUCCAUAAUGCUCUCCAAGCCUCCCACAUCCCAUCCAGACAUCCCACUUAAUAGACGUGGCAUGAGCCUCACACUCCUAACGACAACACGCAAUCCAGCAAGUACAGCCCGACUUCUUUAUCUAGCACCAGAAAGCACUAUGCACCCUUUCCUCUCGGGCACAGAAGCAGAGCAAGUCGCUCAAUCUCUUGGAGACAUGCCAGUUGACCCAUCGUACUUCUACACUGAGGCACGUUGGCGAGAACAUAGACGUGGACUGGGAUUACCUGAGGAACCAUUACCUCAUUCUCCUGAAGACUCCGGAUCCGAAUUUGAUGCAUUUGACGAUACUAUGCCAAAAGGAACUGUGGGUGCUGUUGCACUUGACAUGAACGGAUGCAUUGCAGCUGUAACCUCCACUGGUGGACGUACAAACAAAUUAGUCGGUCGGAUAGGCGAUACACCUCAUAUGGGCGCGGGAUUCUGGGCAGGAGAGUGGGGUGUACAUGGCUUGAAGAAGGUCUGGAGAAAGGUUACAAGGAAGAGUACAAGACGUGCUGUAGGUGUUUCUGGUACAGGAGAUGGUGAUUAUUUCAUUCGUUACAACGCUGCCGCUAAUAUAGCAGAUAGGAUGAAGUUUCUCGGGGAGAGCGUGAACAAGGCUGCAAAUAGUGUUGUGAAGACACUGGGAGAGAAUGAAGGGAUAGGUGGGGUAAUUGCGUUAGAUGAACUAGGCAAUUAUGCGCUCCCAUUGAAUAGUAGUGGGAUGUAUCGAGGUGUCAUAACUGCUGAGAGUAUACCCAGGGUUGCUAUAUUUUCCGAUGAAGAUCUAGAGUAGAGCAUAAACUAUACGGAGU